UAUUGAUUUUCACCCCGAAUUCGCGAUUCAAAUUCAGCCAUGGAGGAGCCGGAGAGAACCAUGGUUGACGUAAGAGAAGAGCUCAUGGUUUCACCAACAGGCCAAAACCAAAACCCUUGUUCAAGAACAGCCCAUUUUCUCAAACCCAUUUUCAGUUCCCUCGAAAACCCACUUCCCAAGCUUCCUUCACAAUGUCUUUCCUCUCUGGAAGAGUCCUCUCUUGAAUCCAAAAAUCUGCCUUUGAGUAUCAGUUUUCACGGGUGGAGAUGCAGGGCAAAGAAUUGGUCCACAUGGAUUGAAAAGAUGGCUGCUUUACAUGAAUCAACUUGGAAGAAAGCGGGUAUCUUUGAAGCCAUCAUGAAUUCAACUUAUCAAAUCAAGAGAAACAAUGAUUUGAUUUUUGGUUUAGCUGAGAAAUGGUGCUGUGAGACCAAAAGUUUCAUCUUUUCUUGGGGUGAAGUAAGUGUUACACUUGAAGAUAUCAUGAUUCUAGGGGGUUUCUCUGUUCUGGGUUCCCCUGUUUUAACCCCACUCGAAACUGAAGAAUUGAAGGAAGUAGAGGAGAGUUUAAAAAGUGCAAGAAUUGAAAUUGUGAGAAGCAAAGCUAAAAAGGCUUGCCCUCGUUUAUGGAUGCAGAAAUUCAUGGACACUGGCAGUGAAUUUGAGCAUGAAGCGUUUCUUGCCUUUUGGCUUUCAAGGUAUGUUUUUACCAAUGCACAUGAAACAAUUAGGGAACAUGUUUUCUCUAUUGCCAUUCAUUUAGCUAGAGGGACAAGACUUGCGUUAGCACCUGCCGUACUUGCUAGUAUCUAUAGAGAUUUGUGUUUGUUAAAAGAUGCAAUUACUGCUUCAACUAAAUUGGGGAAAGAAGAGGUGUUUACGCUUACCCUUUGGUCACCAUUUCAACUAGUUCAGGUCUGGGCUUGGGAAAGAUUCGCAGAGCUAAGACCAAAGCCAAAUUCAAUAGCAAAGGGUGAGCCAAGGUUGGUUCAAUGGCAUGAUGUUAGUUGCAAGGUUGAGAACGUGAGGUUAGCUCUAGAGUCAGCUAGUGGAAGUUUUGAAUGGCGUCCUUAUGCCAUGCAGAUUGAUAACUGGAAACAACCUAAGUUUUAUAGAGAGAAUGAAGUUUGUAUAUCGAUCACUGCACGUCUCGACAAAGAAUUAGAGUCCUUUGCUCGAUGCUUGAAGGCGAGUGAGCUCGUGGGACUUGACUGUGUAGAACAGUACCUUCCGCAUCGAGUUGCAAUGCAAUUUGGAAUAGACCAAGAUAUUCCAGAUAGUGUUCCUCGAUCAGAUGAGACUCCUGAAAUUGCCUGGCUCAAUUACUGUGAAUCACUCAGUGGUGUGAAAUUAUACAUUCCAUCUCGGCUCUAUAAAGCUGGUGUUACCACCCAAUACUUGAAUUGGUGGAAGCAGUCAGUGUUGGAGAGUAAGGUCAAAGCUAAGGGCUUGAAGAAAUCAGCAAAGAAUGCGAAAGGAAAGAAACAUGGAAAAAGUGCCUCUGGUUGCCCUGGCUUUCAUCAGAAAAUAGAGAGUUUCCAUGGGAAGACAGAAGCUAGUGACCCAUCUGUUUCCCCUAAUUGCUCUAUGAAGAGCUCAAAGAAACAAGGAGAUAGUGUCAAAAGGAAUAAUAAUGGUAGUGGUUCCCAUUCUUGUUUUCCUCUUAAGAAAUCAAAGAGUGUAUCCCAGAUUUUGGAAGAAAAGCAGGUAGACAACAAUGAUGCUACUUCUUCUGGUUCUUGUAGAAGGAACUCAAAGAAACCAGCAGAGAAUCUGAAAGGAAACAAGAAGGGCAAGGAAGAAUCUUCUACUCCCAGUUUUCCUUUAGGAAGCUCAAAAGAAUCAGCACCGACUUUGAAAAGGAAGGAAAAAGAUGACAAGGAGUCCGCUUCUCUUGGUUUCAGUAAAAAACGUUUAAAAAAAUCAGCAGAGAAUUCUGAAGGAAUGAGGGAAGAUGCUUAUGUGCCUGCCUCUUCUAGAUUCUUGCUUAGAAGCUCUAAAAAAUCAGCACAGGUUAUGAAAGACAAGGAGGAAGGUAGCAGCAAUUCUGCCUCUGAGGCUUUACCUUCAGUGAAUACAAAAAAACCACCGCGGACUUUGAAAAGAAAGAAGGGAAGCAAUUCCGGUGUUCCUAUUGGUUUUACACCCAACUUUGAUGGGAAGGAAGCAGAGGACUCUCCUGAGGAUAAUAACCCAACAAUUGCAGAAAUGAUGAGAUCUUGCAAGAAGCGUGGCAAUAUUGGAACUAAAGAUUGUGAUGAGGAUGGAAACCCAUCAGGCCAUUCUCAAAGUCUUUCAUCAACAAUUGCAGAUGAUGAGGUUGUUAAAUCUUUGGAGCCAUUAGCAAUUUUGGCAGAAAAGGUUAUGCAGGAUGAAUCUGUGCUGAGAGGAGCAGGGGAAACUUUUGAGGGUGCUUACAAGGAUCAGAGAGAAUUACAGAUGGUGCAGGAGAAAGUUGUGAUGGGAGAACCAGAAAAAACUGUGAAAUGUGCAAACGUGGCCAACCCAGAACAUCCAGUUCACAAAAUGCUAAGCAUCAAUGGUGUUGAAGGAGAGUGCAGUUGCUAUGCGGUUGAGAUACCUGGAUUAACACUUGAAGCUCGGAUUAGCAGGCUUGAGAAACUGGUUGAAGAGCUAAAAGCAAUGAGAUCUGCGUGCAAGUAGUCAGUCUAGCCAUUAGCAUCAGGAUGUACUGUAGUCAUUUUUCUUUUUUUUUUCAAUUUUUAUUUUACUUUUAGAAUAAAUGCAUAUGAUUUUCUUUGGUUUGAUGUUGAUUCAGUAGAAACAGAUACAGUAAUGAAACUUGCUAAGCUUUGAUUUAGAAGAACAUUAUAUGUAAAAAUUUCGCUUUAUUGGUCAGGACAAAUUAUUACUGCUAUGAGACUCUGAUGA